GAUGGGAAUUGCAUAUGGCGGUUCUGCAAGUGAGGUUUGGGUUUCAGUUUAGUUUCGUACCCAAUAUUUGACUUUGAGCCCUAAGAGUGCAGCCGAUACAAAAGGACUUCACUUUACAUGAAGAUAUUGACGUUCUGGCUAGUGGUAGAAGAUUUCCGAGUAUGCAAGGAGAAUGUGCGUUGAACAGCGAAUGGUGCCUUGGUGAUGUACACUGUAUCACAGUGGAGCUGCUGACUCUUCUCUAGCUCCUGGUUGCUACUUGAAGGACAAAGAGCGACGGGCCUAGACGGACUAGGCAAGGAUUUCUGAACACCAAGCCGAGAAGAAGGAUGUUCAGUCGAGGCAGCAGUCGCAGUGGCAGCCCAGCCAGUAGUGGUGGGUCACAGGUCCCCUCCCCCUCCCCUCAUCACAAGAUCCCUCCCCUGCCUGACAACAAUAGCGAGUUUGACUACUUCGACGAUACCCACUCCUCGGAGAUCCUGAGCUUACUGAACGAGCAGCGGCUCCAGAACGAGUUCACAGAUGUUGUGGUGUGCGUAGACAAACACGAGUUUCCCUGCCACCGUGCCGUCCUGGCGGCAAGUAGUCCGUACUUUAACGCCAUGUUUUCCAUCGAGAUGAGGGAGAGCAAACAGGAGAAGAUCAUGCUGGAGGAAGUGCAGCCAGAAGGAAUCAAACUUCUCGUAGACUUUGCUUACACAGGAAGGGCCAAGAUCACCAAAGCUAACGCACAGGCCCUGCUGGAGGCAGCCUGUAUGUUCCAGUACACCAAGAUGCGUGAUGCCUGUGGUACAUUUUUGGAGAAGAACCUUGACCCCUCCAAUGUGUUGGCUAUUGUGAACUUGGCAGAUGCCCUCUGUUGCCGGGACCUACAUCGCAAGUCAAUGCGGUACGCUCUACAGAAGUUUGCAGCCGUCGCUCGACAGGAAGAAAUGCUGUCUCUGUCGAAGGAAGAGAUCGUCAACUACUUGUCUCACGACAACUUGGAGGCCCAACACGAGGAAGCCGUGUUCGAGGCGGCCACGCGCUGGCUCCGCCAUGACUUCAAAUCUCGUAAGGCCUUCUCUGCAGAGGUGCUGUCGGCAGUCCGCUUUCCAUUCCUCCGCCCCACGUACCUCCUGAGCGCCGUGGAAGGGGACUCCAUCAUACAGAACGACAAAAACUGCCGCGCCCUGGUGGAGGAAGCCAAGAGAUUCCACCUGCUGCAGAUGGAGGGGAGGGGGCUGGAGUCACCGCGGACCAAGCCACGGAGCUGUGUGGGGUCAGAGGUCAUCUUCAUUGUGGGUAGUUCAGACAAAGUGGUGUCUAACCUGGACGAUGUGCGAUGUUACCAUCCCGAGUCCAAAGAGUGGUACAUCCUACCUAACCUUCCCAGCAAGUACGUCAUGAGAAGUGUGGUGGCUCUGAAUGAUGACGUGUAUGUCAGUGGCGGCAUGUUGAAUGGGUUGUCUACAGAUGAGGUGUGGAAAUACUCGUCCCGUACUGGGAUCUGGAACAAAGACUCUCCCAUGCGACAGGCCAGGGACGCACACGGCUCUGCUGUGGUGGAGGGCAGUAUAUAUGUGGUUGGAGGUGAGGCAUCUGGUGCCAUCCUCAACAGUGUAGAGCGGUUUGACCCACUGACCAACAGAUGGGAGGAUGUCCCUCCACUGGUGAAGGCCGUGUUUGGCUGCUCGGUUGCCGCACACCGCGGGAAACUGUACGUGAUUGGAGGGGUGGCCAACAACGGCAGCAACAUGCAGUCCCACCUCAUCCAGUGUUACUCCCCAGAAACACGCAUCUGGACCUCCAUCGAAUCCCCGCUGGUGGACAACAAGGCCGCCCCGACAGCCGUCCUGAACGAUAGCAUUUACAUCAUCGGGGGGUUCUCCAGCAGCUGCACCGUGUACGAGCCGGGGACAAACAACAUCCAGCGUGUGGCGGACAUGCACGUCCCGCGGGCCUUACAUGGGUCGGCGGUGGAGGGGAACAAGGUGUACGCCAUCGGGGGGCUGCCAGACGUGGGCAAAGCUCCACAUGACACCAUGGAGUGCUAUGAUCCUGCCACUGAUACUUGGGAGAUACAAGCCGCACUUCCAAAGGCCAUCAUUGUCCAUGGUUGCUGCACGAUAAGAAUGAACAUUGCCACCCUCGAGGAUAGAAAACUGCCCUUAAAGGAUGGACAGGCAAAUUCCCAGCAGAAUACAUAGUCUUGUAAUGUCAAAGACAUCAUCUAGAUAAUCCUUGUUUUAGGAAUGACUCAUCAAAACAGUUCAUUGCACAGUCUUCUGUUGUCUACACAUAUUACCUGAGGUGCUUGGGUAGCAUUAUAUUAUUAACAUUGUGACUAACAUAUCACAUAUAAUCACUCCAUAUAACCAGACCAUAAUAUGUACACAUAUUACUAAGUCUUGAUUGUUUCCAUUAAAAAGAUCUGAUACAUCACAAAAGUGCUGAGAAUUGGCACUCUGACCAUGAAGCGGAAUAAAACUGAACAAGAAAACAAUUUAUUGCUUCAUUGUAUAGUUCUCAGCCAAUGGUUUAUGUAUGACACACCCACUGUGCAACUAUAAGUAUAAGGUACAGGGCACAAAAAGUCUCAAAGAGCCUCAAACUGAAACCAGUGUGCAAGAUAGAAAAAAAAUUAUGUAUACAUGUACUAUUGUCUACCCUGUGUUUUGUAAAGGCAUCCAUGCAGACCAGGGUUGUUAUUUUUGUUUGAUUCACAUAUCACCAAUGUGCAGAGACUGUGGAAUGAGUCCUGUAGUAAUGUACAACUCCAGCACUUAGAUGUGAACACCUAAUUUAGUCCAGCAUAUCUAAUGAGGUGUUAGAUUCAUAAGCUGUGAGAUAACAUCAAUGGAUUAUGAAGGGUAGAGUCCUCUAUGUUUAAUAUUGUAUGUGACCAUUAUGUGUUGGUUAUUAUUUACUGUUCAGCUAAAAUGUUGUUGUUCUAGUAUAACUGAUGUAUGAUAAUCAGGAACUAUGUCACAAAGCUAAUCCUUGCUGUAUGGUGAUUUCAUACAUGUAACAUCCCUGCAUCUGACCUUUGCUUGAUAUGUACAUAGAGCCUCCUUCAUUUGCUUGUCUUGCAAUUUUAUGUGUAAACACUGAAAUUGAGAAUGUUACUGCUCUAAUUCUCGUGUAAG